AUGCGACCCGCCGAAGUAACUCCCGCGAUAGCUGAAAGACUCUUGGACACGGUGUACAGCGCGAUAAAGAUCGCGGGCCCUACAAAAUUCAAAGUAGGCGAUUUGGUACAGGUGAGCAAGUACAAGACGAUUUUUGAGAAGCGUUACACGCCAAAUUGGACCAUCGAGGUGUUUACUAUCGUUAAGGUGCAGCGUAUUAAUUCAAUAACUUAUUUACUCGAGGAUUAUCGCGGAAAAUACGUCGCUGGAACGUUCUUCGAGUACAAGUUGCAUCGCGCUACUCAUCCGGACGUAUAUCUCGUGGAGAAAGUACUGCGCAGGAAGGGAAACAAGCUGUACGUCAAGUGGUUGGAAUUUGAUGGAUCGCACAAUUCAUGGAUACACAAAAACAAUGUUAUUUGUUAA